AUACAAUUGAAUGCCCACAUGCAGGCAGCCAAGAACCUACAUAUGUACACAGGCGGACAGGCGACUCGUCAACAAGAUCAACCAUCAUAUCGCAUCCCUAUUAGACAAUCUCUACAUGUAAUGUGCAAAGAUUACCAUCCUAUACCAUGGCCACAGCUAUGCAAGUCGCGCAUAGUUCAGCAUCUUCAAUUUGUCAACGGGCACCCGCUAGUACCGCCCUAGUCGUCGAAUAUGUUUGUCUUUUUACAAAAGACCUUCGUCGGAAGCAAAAAAGAUGGCAGGACGGGAACUUGAAGUUUCAUACAUUCAAUAAGCGUAUCAUGGUAUAUGAUUGCCAUGGCAACUUUAUGGGUGAUACCCACUGGCGCGAAGACUACGGUUUCGGUGAAGGCGAAGAGAUCGAGCUUGAGAGAGGUGGUGUCAUUGUUCAGGUCGCCGAAUGCACGGGGAGUCGAGAUCAAGAUCUAUCUGAGCUCAUAGACAAGAGAGCCCAGGAAAGAGCCGAACGUCAGUCAGCCGCCAUUGCACGCCGACCCCCCACGCUUGAAGACCCUUCUACAAUAAACGCCGUUGCACCUCAUUUCCAGUUGCGACAUAAACCUCUUCACCAUUUGAUUGGUACACCUACAGGACAUCAUGGGCGUGCUCUUAUGCCUACUGGAUCUCCAUAUGAAGAAAGACAGAAACUAGCUGCAUCUCCAGAAAAUAACCACGAUCGCCCUGCAAAGCGAAGGAAGCGAGAGGCGUCACCUCCAAGCAAAGGCGGUUACGCACAAAGCUUAUUCGGUGCUGCGCUCACCCUCUCGGGCACGCCAGCCAGCACUCCUUCCGCACGAAGUAAGCCAAUGAGACCGUCGUCUGUUGUCAUAGACGGUCAAUAUGCUACCGAAUCGCUCGGACCGCUUAUAUUGACGCAUACAACGGCUUCAAGGACUGAAAAAGAUUCGCGGCUUAAUAGGCCCAAACAGCCGGGAAUAGGGCGAAGAAAAGCAGUUGGGGGCCAUGACAUGCGAAAAAACUCACCACAGCCUUUACCGCCACCAGAAGACCUAAACUCGAGAGAUCUAAAAUCAGAUCAAUUCGAAACAGGAACUGAGAGUAACGUGCGCCAUAACGUGACUUCACCGACAAGUUUAGAAAAUAGAGGCAAAGCAGGUUCCACGGAACCAAAGCUUAGAAAAAACACUGGAAUACUGGGCGACAACGAAGGGCGCCGAGAGUUGCUUCAAGAAAACUUCAUCAGCGAACCAAGGACAGAAUUGCGUAUCAAGCCACGGAAGAAGCGUGGCUUGCUAAUGGUCACUAGCAAACUAGAUGCGGACAAGUCGUCCUCUAAAGCGAUCGAAAGCCUAUUUGAUCGUCAUAGCUCACCUAGCGAUAUCGCAAGGAGAAGCUCUAAUAGUGAUAUUCUCAGUGGAGAUAAGCCUUCGGACAACGGAACCGAAGAAGUAAACCGCCCUCGACAGAAGAAACAAAUUGGCGCCAACUCAAGUAACAAGGCUAGAAACGCACAACAUUCUGUCCAUCGCUCUCAGUCCAUCGAAAACGAAGAUCGCUGUUCGCCAACUCCCCUAGAUAUAAAUCAAUCUCAGAAUCAGUCGACCCGCAUUCAACGUGGUAUGACGAAAUGCGGUUCUAAAAUGGCGCCCGAACCUACACGCGAGGACGCCAUUUUAACAGAGGACAUUGGCGGUACUGGUAACAGAAAGCAACCACCGAGAAAGAAGAAAGGGAUGCGAAGUGAAACUAGUAGGAGUAUUUAUUUGGCAGAGGCAGAAUAUGAUGAAAAACGGUAUUCCUCUGAUGAAGAUGAAUUUGGAUUACCCGACGGUGUACCCACUACCCGGCUCGCUCAUCUAGGCCGUAAAAGCAUUCGUAGUAAGGAAGUUAUCGGGUUCAUUUUCGAUGAAGAAAUAGAUGACAGUAGCGGUAACGCACUGAGGGGUGAGAGAAGUGUGGAUGGGUACGGCAAACGAGGCCGAAUGGAUGAAUCGUCUAAGGACGACUCCGAGGUACAGAGAACGACGAUGGGAGCAAUGCGAGCGAAUCAUGCGAAUACGAUAACGAGUAACCAAGCCAACAUAACUGAUAAGAUUCAAGAUACUUUUCCCGUCGAUGAAGCGGGUAUAGCGAAUGAAAAUGAUACUAUUAAGUCCAUCGACUCUCACAAUACGGAAGCAUCUCGUAUGGAGACGAAUCCAUGUGUUCCGCAGAAACAACCCAGAUCCGAGUCAAUCGGACGAAGCGAGAAACCGGAAAUGCAGGCUCUAGCGCCUGAAAGCAAUGCAGUGGUUCGGUUGCCACCGGCGAAAGCAGUGAUCAACCCCGCAACCCGAGGCAAGAAAGCUGCCAAGCCUUCGGAUGCUGCCGGUCAGGUUCCGCAGUGUCCUUUACCCGCAGAAGCAGCGGUGGGGAAACCAUUAGACCUUGAGAAGCAUGAGAGUCACAAACGAGCCUCGAGGCUCGAAAAUCGGCGUCGAGAAACAGCCACUGCGCCGAUGCCCGGAUUCGCUAGAGCCAAUGGAGGACCAUGGAGUAGAGAGGCUCACGAUCUAUUCGAAUUCACUCGACCUUCGUAAGACAUUACGAGUUGCCUGUUUUUGUGCGAAGUUUAGGAAAUUCUCAAUUAUUUUCAUGACCG